AUGCUUGCAACGAACAAACCGGUAGCUGAUGUCGACUCCGGCCGCAAACUUGGGAGACUUCCUUCGAGUAUUGAUGGCAGUGCAGGCUGUGCUCCUGACAUGUCAUCUCCGGCCUUGAACAGCGGUACGGCGUCAAACGACUCGGCCCCGCGGAGUACAUCCUCGGAAUCCAAAUACGCCGCCUGGACGACGGUUCCAUUGCUCUAUCCCAGGAGCGCUACAUCAUGGACGUGCUGGCCCGUUUCCACUUCGACACCACGACACGCGGCACUACGGUGCCGAUGACGCCCGGCCUCUCGCUCACGGCAAUUCCGGGUCAGGGAACGGAGCGCAUUCGUUCGUGGUACCUACAGGCCAUCGGCUCCCUCCUCUACAUCUCCCUUGGCACUCGACCCGACAUUGCCUUCGCCGUCUCGUACCUGUCCCGGUUCGCCAACAACCCCGGCCGCCGCCAUUGGAUUGCCGUCAAACACGUCCUUCGCUACCUUCGCGCCACGUACCGCGAUGAGCUUCUCUAUGCCCGCGGCCCAGCAAAAGUCACGGGUGUGGUUGGUUAUUCUGAUGCGAACUGGGGCGCCUGCGUCGACACAUCCAUUUCAACGAUGGGCUACGUAUUUUACUUGGCAGGCGCCGCUGUCUCUUGGUCGUCGAAGCGUCAGACUCGGGUAGCGGAUUCCACCACUGAUGCCGAGUACCUGGCCUUGUCGCACGCGGGUAAGGAAGCGAUCUACCUUAACCAACUCCUCUCCGAGCUCCACGUUUGCCCAAUCGCUGCAGCUCACAUCUUCACCGACAACGAGGCCGCGGCCGCCGUCGCUCACGACCCCGUUCGCACCUCCGGCACCCGGCACAUUCGCCUCCGCGAGCAUUUUGUCCGUGACAUGGUCAAUCGAGGUGAUAUCUCUCUCUCACACGUUGGCACAGCAGACAUGGUUGCGGACGUAUUCACCAAAGCGCUAGGCCCCAAGAUUUUUGGUACACAUUGCUAUGCUCUAGGCCUCCGGACGCGACAUCCACGGCUCAAGUCUACCUCGCGUUCGCGUGGGGGGGGGUGUGAGGAAUCCACUCUCCGCUCGGCUCAGGACUUAGGCGCGCGGAGCGAACCGGGCGCGGACUUAGGCGCGCGGAGUGAGCCGGGCGCCCCGGCCCAGGACUUAGGCGCGCGAAGCGAGCCUGGGACUUAGGCGCGCGGAGCGAGCCUGGGCCAUUGGCUCAGCCCCAGGCUCGCUGGCUGUGGACUUGGGGCGCGCGGGUCUCUUAUUGUUAGCUUCCUAUUCAUCACUCUUGGCUAUAACUACAUCGCUGACGUAGUAGAGUUGAUCGAAUAGGUAUGUUGAAAUGCAUUCAUCACUCUUGGCUAUAACUACAUCGCUGACGUAGUAGAGUUGAUCGAAUAUCCUUCCCCGAGCGGUCCUUGACUGGCAAACGUUACCUGGUCACAUUCCUUGACGAUUACUCGCGCAAACUCUGGGCCUACGCAAUCGGACACAAAAGCGAUGUCAGGAGCACAGCCUGCACUGCCAUCAAUACUCGAAGGAAGUCUCCCAAGUUUGCGGCCGGAGUCGACAUCAGCUACCGGUUUGUUCGUUGCAAGCAUUGUCGGCGCGAUGGUGUAGUCGUGAGGGCGCGCGGGCGCGCACUCAGUGGUCGAGGGUUCGAUCCGCCCGGAGCGUGA